CAAACGUUGGUUCUUUAUUCUAUGGCAAAAGCGCUCACUCGACAAAAGUGAACGAUAUAGUAAGGCAGGAAUGUUUACAUAACGUCGUAAAUCCUUUAUUCCAUGGGCUCACACGCACACAUACCCAGUGCCCUCACCCUUGCGCUUCCCGUCUUUUCGCGCGCUUUCCCCCGCCAUAAACUUUUCGCUAAUUGAAGUGUCCGACUGCAGUGGCGGCGAAUAAAAAAAGAAAAAAAAAAGAAGGCCCUCCAGCCGCGAUAACGGACUCCGACGGAAGGUGGUGAAGUCGCUCGAGGCGCGCCAUUCAGUUGCCAUCGCCGGUCUGAUACGAACGAUGUGUCCGAGCUGCGCCACGAACGCGCUGCCGUGCUUCGCCAUCGCCGCGAUGUGCCGUAACCGGGGGAUCGGCUUCAAGAAUGACCUGCCCUGGCGCCUCAAGAAAGAAAUGGCCCACUUCUCGCGACUCACGAAGGAGGCGACGGAGGGAAAGCAGAACGCCGUCGUCAUGGGCCGCCUCACGUGGGAAUCCCUGCCGCCAAAGUUUCGGCCACUCAGCGACAGGAUAAAUGUUGUGGUGAGCAAGACUCUGACCGAGGUUCCAGAGGGACACCACGUGGCAUCCAGCUUUCCAGAUGCCCUGCAGAUUUUGCGGACGCUUAUCGAUGCUGGGAAGGUGGACAAGGUGUUUGUGGUUGGAGGAGCUCAGCUCUAUCGUGAGCUGCUCGACAGUCCCCACUGUGCCCGUAUAUACCUCACCGAAAUUGACAAUGACUUCGAGUGCGACGUCUUCUUCCCGGAAUUCGACGCCAGCAAGUUCCGGCUGGUCAAAGAGGAUGGCAUCCCUGAGGAACUCCAGCAGGAAGGCGAUGUCACUUACCAUUUUCGAGUCUAUGAGCGUGUACAAAAGUGACUGUUCCAUCUCAGCUUUGGAUAGUGAGAAGUGUUUUUGCGUUUAGAGGAAUGGUGCCGUUUAUUAUCGUUUUGUUUUGUGUGUGUGCCAUAUGUAGUAAGCCAUAUGCGUUGUGCAGUUUCAAUUUGUUUUCUAUUCGUGUGGUUAAUUUACCUACUGGAGAAAGUCCUAGUUGCUUUUUUUACGUUUCUACAUGCUUUCUACAUUUGUCAUUUACUAACGAAUAGCUGAAGUGUACAGUAUUGUCAGUGUCCUUCAAUACUUUUCAUCUGGUCAUGAAGCUUCCGCGUAACGUUAUGGGAGAGCUUCAUAUAGCACCUGCAGCAGAUACUGCACUGGUGCAAGUAGAAGGUGGACUGGAACAGACGCCCAACAGACUCCACAGGCGGUCUGUGCUUAUGCUCGCCGUUGUUCAAGGGUCGACUGCCUGUAUCGGCAUCUGAAUAUUGUGGAAGGAACGUGCAAAUCGCCGCCAUGUUUCUGUACAGUGUUCAGAAACUUAAAAGCGAACAAUUUUGGAACAGCUGCACCUUGUUUCAUUUCCAGCUUCAACUGUGUUCGCAACAGUGGCUUAGUUCAUAAUUCAAAUUGUACACCGGGACUGGUACAUCAUUAGAAACCGACUACAGAGCAAGUUCACGUCGUGCUUUUAUGUAAUUGCAGGUAAAAAAAACCUGCGUUUCAAACUAACAAAGCUAACCAACUGAUUAUCAAACUAACAAGAACUACCAACUAAUUAACUAACCAAAUAGGUAAUUCCUGAACUAGUUAUCAAACUAACAACCAACUAGCCUAAUUUACUAGCUAAUCUACCAAUUAGCUCACAAAACCCAAUAAGUAACUAACAAACAGUAACAAAACCAACUCAACCGAUAAACUAACUACAUAAUAAUAACUAGGUCAUACACCAGCUAAACUAAAUAAGGUAACUAAUCAAACUAAAAAGCUAACUGCUUAGCUAGGUUAUCUAACUGAAAUAACAAAGUUAUUCACUAAUAAGCUACCUAACUAUAAUAAUUAAGCAAGUAUGAACUUACAAACUAAUCAACUAAUAACUAACACACUGAACUAGCUAACCAAAUGACCUGUUUAAGAGCAGGCCAUCUUCUGCCUGCUUACACCUUAUUUGCAGUUCAAUUACGCUCGUCUGAAGUGUACAUCCAUCGUUGCUCAAUAAAGUAAGCUGAGCAAAACA